CAGAUCCAGGCCGCACUCACCGACGAGCCGGCGGCGGCGCAAACUCUGCUUCCGGCGACUGGAGCGCGGCGACCCCGCGCGGGACGCUACCAGAUCCCUCAUGUCGUUCGCCGGCGUGUCGGUCGUCGACAGCGCCAAGCACUGCACCUGCGACACGUCGGCCGUCUACGCCGGCGCGGACAGCGGGUACCACCUGCUUAUGGUCAGGGACUACUCGCGUACCAAGGUUCAGUUGCCCACCGGCGAGAGCGCCACCACCGGCCUUUUCACGGUGGGAGAAUAUGAUUGGUACAUCGAGUACUACCCCAACGGAGAAAACCCAAACUGCCGGGACUUCGUUUCGCUCUACGUCACGAGGCAUACCCUCUACGACUGCGAGGGCGAAGAGGAUGUGGAGGCCAAGUUCAGCUUCAGUCUCGUCGACCAGCUUGAGAAGCACAAGCCAGUGUACAUUCAUGGAACCAAUAAGACUUGCACCUUCUCCAGCAGUGCUCCCUCCUGGGGCAGCGACAGAUUUGUGAGAAGAGACGCCCUGGAACGAUCGGCGCAUCUAAAGGGUGAUUGUCUCACCAUCCGGUGCGACAUCAUGGUUGUUUGCAAGGAUCACAAAAUCGAGGAUGCCGCUGGCACCGUACCUGACAUAAACCAGCAUUUUGGCCACCUCCUUCAAAACAAGGUGGGUGCUGAUGUGACAUUUGAGGUCGGUGGCGAGACGUUCGCUGCGCACCGGUGUGUGCUUGCAGCCCGGUCCAAAGUGUUCAUGGCGCAGCUCUUUGGCCCCAUGAAGGAGGGCGCCACAACAUCCAGCGUCAUACAGAUCAAAGACAUGGAAGCAAAAGUGUUCAGGGCUUUGCUAAGCUUCAUCUACACAGAUUCACUCCCUGCGAUGGAGAAGGACAGCAUGGAGGAGGAUGAAAUGUCAGAAGUUAUGGACGAAGGGCGAGAAGAAGCAGCAGAGUUUGAAAUGUGGCUGCAAUGGUUGGAAGAUUUGUUUGUGGCGGCAGACAGAUACGAUCUCCAACUGCUCAAGUUAAUCUGUGAAAAGCAGUUGUCUGAGCACAUAAGUGUGAGCUCAGUGACGUCCACUCUUGCUCUAGCUGAGAAGCACCACUGCUGUGGAUUGAAGGAGGCGUGCUUGAAGUUUAUCCAAGUGCAGUCUCCCUCGUGCUUGCAAACAGUAAUGGCAACUAGUGGCUGGGAUCAUAUAGCAGUGACCUAUCCCUGGGUUGUGAAGGAGUUCAUUGCCAAGCUUGCUUCGAACCAGCGCAAGUAACACUCUGUAUAGGGGUAGGUAUGUUCCUUAGACCUGUAGUGGUGCUCUUAUGCAUAUAUGGAUCCUCUUAAGAGAGGUCAUAGUCCGUGCGUCUUCUUUUUGUCUCAGUCAUGUAAUUUGCCUAUAUGCUGAAUAUCAAUAUAAAGAACCCAACAUAUGGUCAAAUUGUCUCUUCAUUAUUCUCAAAAAAGAAAAUUUAUCUCUUCAUGGAAUGGAUUAGUCUGUAAAUUCAGGCGCAAGCGUCAACAUUUAUCGCAUUGCAACAUAUGGUGGAUAGUGAUAUCAUGUCUAACACUCUGCUUGUUUGUUUUCCUUUUUUUUCUUUUGAGAGAAUUUCAAACGCGAGAACUAUUCAUCGGCACCAAUCAUCUACAUGCAGCUGGGUUAUCUGAAUUCUGUUUGCUGAUAAAGAAAAUUGAGGGUAUGAACUGAACUUUCUUGUUAGGAAAAAUAUAAUUAUUGGAAAGGAACUGUUUGACCUGCCUUCAUCACGCUAUAGUACCUGCCUUCCUGGCAAGGUAGGCAUGGCCAGUUAAAUUACUCGAAACAACAUAGCACCGAGUAACCAACUGCUGUUGCCAGAUGAUUACAGGGAAGCUCUGGUUGACCUCAAGAUUCUUUUUCUGUUGUGUUCUGUUAAACGUGUACAACAUGGUCAGGUACUCAGGUGUCGACCUCCAUUCUGAUCCGGUCGGCAGCAAUUGGAUUUACCGGUCUUUGUGGUUUGAUUAAUAGUUCAUUGGUUCAGCUGACCAUGGCCUGCAUGUUCCAUCGGGACCUUCAUCAAAUCCUGAGGCUAUCUGUGGUCACUUUCAAGGGGCUUCUGCAAAAUCUAAUGUGAAGCGGCAAUGUCUUUAUUUAUUUAACUGUGCAUCUAAUAUGAAUUAUUUCAGCCCUCACUUAGCCUGGAUACUUGUCAGCUUGGGUUUCCUGUGAGUCUGAUGUAUCACCUGCUUCCCGUGCUGGGAGAGUUCUCUGCUUGGCGUUGAGGUCCUUCCUGGCAAUGUUAUGGUGCUGCGCCCACGGCACGCGACGGACAUGGUGUGCUAAAUUGCUGGAAACAUCAUAGCGCCUAGUGACCAACUACUGUCGCCGCAUGAUUACAUGGAAGCUCCCGUUGGCCUCAAGAUUCUUUUUCUGUGUCCGUUCCUGGGGUUAUGUUGAGAAAAAACUGGGGUUAAAUUGCCUGUCUAUUGCAUGAUGAGGCUCCCUCUUGUAGUCUUGUGGGUGGUGUCACACUUUGCGAGCCUUCACUCAUUCUUUGCCAUCUGAGAGCUACUGAUUGAUCUGAUCCGUUACAAAAUUGGAGAAAUACCAGAGCUCGUGGUUCAUGUUU